AUGCCAAUUCACGACCUCACCAACAAAGUCGUGCUCCUGACAGGCAAGUUUCCGCAUCCGACUUGCAUCGGAGCAAUAGCUGAAGGCUGGGGCAAUGGCACAACUAUCGCCGCUCUCUUCGCUCGACAAGGUGCCACGGUCUUCGGCUGCGACAUCAACCUCGAAGCCGCCAACAAAGCAGCAGCUGAAAUCAACGAUGACGACGAGGUAGAGAAUCAUGUCUCGAGGAAGGACGGGCGAGAAGGAGUCGAAGUCUUUCAACAGUCAACCGACGUAACAAAUUCAACCCACUGCCGCGCCUUCGUCGAUGCCUGCAGACAGAAACACAGCAGAAUCGACGUCCUAGUAAACAACGUGGGCCUUUCCCAACCCGGCGGCCCUGCAGAGCUCUCGGAAGAAAUCUGGGACGCCCAGACAAACGUGAACCUCAAAUCCGUCUACCUGAUGUGCCAUCUCGUGCUUCCCAUCCUCGAGGCCCAAGAGAGUGGCGGCUGCGUACUAAAUGUAAGUUCCAUAGCUGGACUCCGCUACAUAGCCAAGCCUCAAGUCGCGUACGCAGCUUGCAAAGCAGCUAUCAUCCAGUUCACGAAGACGACGGCUGUGAUCUAUGCUGAACGGACGGGAGGGAAGGUGAGAUUGAAUACUGUUGUGCCGGGACUGAUUCAUACGCCGCUUGUGUCUGUCUUGGCGGAGAAGUAUGCCAAGGGUGACCAGGAAGGGUAUAGACGUACGAGGGAGCAGCAAGUGCCGAUGGGGAGGAUGGGGACGGCGUGGGACGUGGCGCAUGCUGGAUUGUUCUUGUGUUCGGAUGAGGCUGGAUAUAUUACAGGUCAGGAGAUUGUGGUUGAUGGAGGGAUUACUUCUAGUACUGGAAGGAUCUGA